GUGGACUGGGAGGCGUCGGCCAAGCUCUGUGGUCUUCGUUCGCUCUCCUUUUCGCCCUCGAUUCCUCUAUAUCUCUCCGUCUUAAAAUCUUAUAAAGAACGAGAGAGAUCGAGAGAGAGAAAAAAGUGGGUUUUUCUCGAAGGUUUUUUUCACCUUUUUUAGAGCAGGAGAGGAGAGAAAGUUUUGAUUGUUUUUGUUUUUUUGCUACUUUGAUUCAAUUCUUUAGCUCGUUUCCAAAAAAAAAAAAAUCGUCUUUCUUUAGCAAGAUUUGGGGCUGUUUGUACGCUUUUAUUGGGGGAGAGGUGGUCUUGGUGCUCCAAUUUGGGAUCUCUUUCGUCUUGCGGACGGAAGAGGAGGAGUGGAUACGGCGUGGAAGUUUUCAGGUGGAGAGAGGGAAUUGAUGUGAGAUCGAUGGGGUUCCCGAGCGGGAGGGAUGAUCGGGAUCUGGAUCGGGUGGUGGCGGACAGCGUGGUGGCGGGGGAUUGGGCGGCGGCGGAGGCGCACGGAGGCGCCGGGAGAGGAUACCUUCAGAAAUUUAGGCUUUAUGAGACUAGAUCGAAAUUUUAUAUGCUUGGAAGAGACAAGAGUAGAAGGCUGUGGAGAGUGCUAACAAUUGAUAGAUUGGAGCCUUAUGAGUUGAACAUCCGUGAGGACCCCACCGUGUACUCAGAAAUCGAAUGCAUUGACUUGUUGCAGCGAACACAUGAUGGGAACAGGUCGACUGGGGGAUUAAAAUUUGUCACAAAAUGUUAUGGAAUUGUUGGGUUUGUCAAGUUCCUAGGGCCUUACAACAUGUUGCUCAUUACAAGGAGGAGGAAAAUUGGUACUAUAUGUGGCCAUGCAGUGUAUGCUGUCUCGAAGAGCAAGAUGAUUUCGUUUCCACAUUCUGCCGUGCAGUCCAAUAUGGCUUAUUCUAAGGAUGAGAACAGAUACAAGAGGCUCCUAUGCACAGUAGAUCUCACAAAGGAUUUCUUCUUCAGUUACUCAUACAACAUCAUGCAUAGUCUUCAAAAGAAUGUAUGCAACGGGGAGACAGGACACGUUAUUUAUGAAUCAAUGUUUGUCUGGAACGAGUUCUUGACACGUGGGAUUCGGAAUCAUCUCAAAAACACUAUAUGGACAGUUGCAUUGGUCUAUGGAUUUUUUAAUCAGGCCAAACUCUCGAUCUCUGGGAAGGAUUUCAGAUUAACACUCAUUGCCAGGCGCUCACGCCAUUUUGCAGGAACCAGGUACCUGAAGCGUGGUGUUAAUGAAAAGGGCAGAGUAGCCAAUGAUGUUGAGACAGAACAGAUUGUGUUUGAAGAUAUGCCUGGAGAAGUUCCUACACAGAUAACUUCUGUUGUACAAAACAGAGGUUCCAUACCCCUGUUUUGGUCCCAAGAAACUUCACGACUGAAUAUCAGGCCUGAUAUCAUCUUGCAUAAGAAGGACCAGAAGUAUGAUGCUACGAGGCUUCACUUUGACAAUCUUGUAAGGAGAUAUGGGAAUCCAAUAAUUAUUUUGAACUUGAUUAAGACACGUGAGAAGAAGCCUCGAGAAUCUCUGCUCCGUGCAGAAUUUGCACGUGCAAUUGAUUAUAUAAAUAAAGAUUUACCAGAGGAAAGUCGUUUGAGAUUCUUACAUUGGGAUCUUCAAAAACACUCCCGAAGAAAAGGUACAAAUGUGCUGGCAUUAUUGGGCAAAGUGGCAGCAUAUGCAUUGGAUCUAACUGGUUUCUUUUAUUGUCAAGUAACACCAGGUUUAACAGGUGCUCUAAUGGGGCCAAUCACUGUGAAAGAUAAUGCUGGUGACAGGCCAUGCAGUAUUUAUGACAGCAGAGCAGAAGACGUUAAUUCUGAAAAUGGAUCCACAGAAGAUAAAACAGAGAAUUCUGAUAUCUCUGGAAGGGAAUGUCCUGCAGAUAAGUCUGAAGGGGAUGGAAGCUGUUUGGUCAAACUACCCAUGUUUCAAAAAGGUGUCCUCAGGACAAAUUGUAUAGACUGCUUGGAUCGCACAAAUGUUGCCCAAUAUGCCUAUGGUUUAGCCGCUCUUGGGCACCAGCUUCAUGCCCUGGGCUUUAUAGAUGUCCCUAGAGUUGAUCUAGAUGCCCCUUUGGCUGCUGAUCUGAUGGUCUUCUAUGAGAGGAUGGGUGAUACCCUUGCUCUACAAUAUGGUGGAUCUGCUGCCCACAACAAGAUAUUCUCUGAGAGAAGAGGUCAAUGGAAAGCAGCAACCCAGUCUCAGGAGUUCCUCAGGACUCUUCAACGAUACUAUAACAACGCAUACAUGGAUGCUGAAAAACAGGAUGCUAUAAACGUGUUCCUGGGGCACUUCCAACCCCACCAAGGUAAACCAGCACUUUGGGAACUGGAUUCAGAUCAGCAUUACAGUAUUGGUAGGCAUGGUCAUGCCUUUGCUGAUGAAAAUGCGAGGUCAUUUAUCAAAAGAUCCCUAUCAGAUGGCAAUAUUCUAUGUCAAAGUUGCGUGGCCGUAUCUAGCUGCACUGUUGGACAACAAGAAUUGCUGAACUCAGCAUUGCCUCCACAAGUGCACCAACAGGAAGGUGCCAAAGGUCUUUGUGAUUCCACGCCAGAUAUUUCAACUUGCGAAAGCGACGUGUCAUAUUCUAGGUACAUGCCGGUAAUAUCUCGCAGGCUUCUUUUUGCAGAUAGCGAACAUAGUUAUUUUACUGAACAUAGAUUUGAUGAAUCAAACAGUUCAAAUUUUCUGGACCUUGAUUGGCUAUCGUCAUCUGGGAAUUCAUGCGAGGAGGAAAAUUUUGAAAGGUCCUCGCUUAUCAACUCACCUAUUGAGAAUCUUUCCACUGAAAAUGUCUUGAAUACUGUGAAUGCUGAAACAAGAGAGGAAGGGUCUGGCAAUAUGCAGCAAAAAGAAGAAACCAAUAGAGCACCGCCCUGUGAUAUGGCUGAAAGUUCCGCCAUUCCUGAUGAAUUGUCUGAAAGAUUUGCAGAAUGGGUGGCCCAUGGGGAAACUCUUUGUUAUUGAUGUGAAGACAUCCACUCCUUGAUCCAUCCGAUCUUCAGUUUCGAGGAUGCUUCAUCUCGCUGAGGAUUGAACAAUGGAGAGAGAGAGAGAGAGAGAGAGAUCACCAAAUGACCUUCAACUCUGAGAAUCGUCCAGCCCUGGGAUGGAGGGAGAAAGAGAACGGGGAGCAAUGACAACAAGAGUUGCGGCAUUCACUUGUAUAUUGAUCUCAUCCAUCAUAAUCACAUUAUUCAGCAGCACCAACAACUGGAUUGCUGGUCACAGCGGCAUAAGUAGCGCUCAUAGUCUGAUAGUUCGUAGGCAAAUAGCUAAAAUUUUUUCAAGCCCAUGCUCCAUUCGGCAAAAGCUCUUGAUGUUCUCUUGUAAAUAUAGUUGUACAAAUAUUUUUGUUUUUUGGCAGCAACUUUGUCCCUUUGGGUUUGCUUAUCUGGCCAAGCUGUCCUCUGGCGGGCGCAUCUUGUGCAUCCAUUGGUGCUGUCUUUGCAAACGAGUAACUGUUUAUUUGUUAAUUUUUUGCAGUAAUCUUUUUAGCGCCCGCUUGGACUCA